AUGACAUCCGCAAACGCAGCGUGGUCGUUCCUGAGGGACAGGCCCAAGGCUAUGCUGCCCCGAAUCAGGCAAUUCGAAUUGCACCUCUACGGCUGGGACGAGUGCGAUGGGUUCCAGGUUCUAGACCAUCAAGUUUGGGAAAACCUCAUGGGCAUCAUCAAGUCGCACAUGAAGCUGCAGCACCUGGGCCUUCACUUCCGUGGGCGUUUGGCCGACCUUCGUGACAGCGACGCCACUGGCACUGCUGAGUCCUUGAUGAUUUCCGACGGAGAUGUUCCAAGCCAAGAUCCACGCAUUACUGAAUUGACUCAAUUGCCCAUGCUCAGUCGACACACAAUUCACUUCUCUGGUUCUCGUGAACCGAAGUAUUCAGUGGAUCGACACAAACAUCGCCGAGCCUGUUUCACCGCCCGCAGUCAUGAUGUCUGUCACAAUGCGGAUUCGGUUCUCAAACUUGCGGCACUGGUCAGGGUUCUUCGCAGCAACCUCCUCUACAACGGGCAAACGCUGGGUUCCAAAAACAUAAGCGCGCAGCUGAUGGAAGAUUCAGAGUCGGUUACGAACGUCACCGAGAGGCAGGACUGGGACACUCGCCACGACUCGAAGUGCAAUUACUUCCUGAGCAUGCAGACCGACGACGACGGUGCGGGCAAUUGUCUCCUACCCUGGCAGCAUCGCAAGCCUGCUAGCGACGAGAACACAAGGGAUCAACCGCAGGACGGUUUCAUCGACAUAUUCGAGCCAUUAGGUGACUCCACGUCCCUAGACAAUGUCAAAACCAGGGGCAGACGCCAUGAUUGA